AUGACCUUACUGCAAACGUUAUUCCUGGAGAUCUACUCCAGUCGCCCGGCUCAGAUCGCGGUCGUCGUCGCUUGCCUGCUGGUCUACCCACUCUACCAGAUCAUUUACAAUCUAUACUUCCAUCCGCUGGCCAAACAUCCCGGGCCGCGUCUGUGGGCAGCCUCGCGAAUCCCCUUCGUCUACAACCUGCUUGCAGGCUCGCUGGUCAAACGCCAGCGCGAGCUGCACGAACAAUAUGGGCCUUACUUCCGCAUGGCGCCCGACGAAAUCUCCUUCGCCAGCGAGGAGGCCUGGCACGAUAUCUACACCUGGCGACCGGGCCACAAGCGCGCCAUUCGCGACCCGAUCUUCAUGAAAGCCCCCGACGGUAUCGCGGAUAACAUCAUUACCACCAGCAAUGUCAAGUUCCACGCGCGCGUGCGCGGCCUGAUGAGCCACAGCUUCACCGAAAAUGCGUUGCGCGAGCAGGCCCCGCUGGUCCAGGGGCAUGCGGAUGUCUUCAUCGACCAGUUGCGCCGCCUUGCGACCAAGGAAGCCGGUGGGGGGGAGGCCUGUGGGCUCGUGAAUCUCACGAACUGGCUGAACUUCUUCACGAUGGAUGUGAUUGGCGAUCUUGCCUUUGGGGAGCCCUUCGGCUGCCUCGCCAAGGGGGAGUAUCAUGACUGGGUUCGCACCCUGUUCUUCUUUCUCAAGGGGAUGACCAUCGCUGCUGCGCCGCGAUACUGGCCGUGGCUGGAAUUCGUGUUGGAGAAGUUGCUGCCAGGGCACAUCAUGGACGGCCAGAAGCGUCACCAGCAAUAUGCUUUUGAUUGCAUCAACCGCCGGCUCGACGCGCAGACGGACCGCCCCGAUUUCAUGACCCCCUUCAUGAAGCGGAAUCCCAACUUCGAGUCGAUGUCCCGCGAUGAGAUUCUCUCUUCGUUUACGUUUAUCAUCGUCGGAGGCUCCGAAACCACCGCGACGUCAAUGACGGGCAUCUUCAACCACCUCUGCAAGCCCGCAAACAAACCCAUUCUCGACCGACUGACCCGCGAGAUUCGGGAGGCCUACGAGACCGAGCAGCAGAUCACUCUGGAGAAGAUCAAUGCCGUUCAGCUCCCAUACCUCGACGCCGUCAUCCAAGAAGGGCUUCGCAUGGCGAACCCUGUACCGGCCGGACUACCGCGUAUGGUGCCCCCAGGAGGCGAUGAAUAUGCUGGGGUUGAUCUUCCAGCAGGCACCCGGAUUGGCGUCCGCACUUUCUCGGUCAACCGCUCCACCAAGUACUUCUGUAACCCGGGGACCUUCGUCCCGGAGCGGUGGCUGUCGGAGAGCGAAGGACGUCCGGCAGAGUACGCCCACGACCGGCUGUCCGCCUCCAAGCCCUUCAGCGUGGGCUUCCACGUGUGCCUGGGCCGGCCGCUGGCGUGGCUGGAGAUGCGGUUGAUUCUGACGCGCACGCUGUGGGCAUUUGAUCUGCGUGAGGAGCCGAGCAAGGCGGUGUGGUUUGACGAUUUUCCCACGAUGAUGAUGGUCGAGAAGCAGCCGUUGAUGUUGUGGAUCAAGCCUCGAGUUGACCUUGUCAAGUGA